AUGACGUGCCCUUGCUUCCGGCAGGCCGAGUGGCGUGAGAUCCCAGCCCCCCAGUGGAAGGAGCGACCCCACAGGCGCAGAGCGGGGCCACAGCCACUUCAGCAGGAGAAUGUGUGCUUCCCAGGGCCCUGCGCCCGGGUGCCCGUGGGAUGUGGGCAGCCGAGGGAUGCCCCCUCCAGGUGUGGCCAAGGAGCUUCCCUCCGCCAUCGGCGAGUGGAGGCCGCCCCCCGGCAGCCUGGGACCCCGAGGGGACUGGACGCGGCCCGAGCUGCUGAGCCGACAAGACGGGUCAGAUCAAGUCGUCCUCCCUCAAACCCUCCAAGAGCUUCCCACCUCAGCUUCAGCGGCGACCCCCACCAUCCUCAAGGUCCUGGGGACGAGUGGGCUCCCAUCACCUCAGACUCCCCUUUCCUGCCCAGGACUGCCCUCCCUCUGGGUGCCUGCAGGCUUUCAACUCAGACCCUGGAGCUCUGGCCACAGGAUUCGUGCGGCCACCCUCCUCCGGCCCCGGGCCUCGCUUCCCGGUUCCCUGUCUGCACAGGUUCAUCGCCGAGAUUGUCUGUGUCUGCACACCGCCCUCGGUCCCGCUCUCGGCUGAGCCUCCUGCUGUCCUCACGCCCCGCACGACCAGCGCAACAGGAGUGCAGCCCGAUGGAAGCCGUUAGCAAGAAGCCGUCUAAACCAGAAGCCAGCUGCUGGCCCUUCGGAGCACGGAGCUCCGUCCCGGUGGCCGAAAGGCAGGGAGUGGACAGGGGGCUGAGCCAGGGCACCUGUUUUUAGGAGAUGACGGGCUGGGGGGCGAGUGCCCCAGGCCAUGCCCCACUCUACAUCAGAGAACGAUAUUCUACCAGGGUCCACCGGGACACAGGGAGGCCAAGGACAACCCAUAGACUCGGCUCCGGGAAGCUUCUGGGCCAGAGGAGACGGGGAGGGGACCUGUGGAGACCCAAGGGCACGCUGGCCUGAGACGUGUCUGCAAACCUUUAUGAUGAAAUGCUCAGACAUGGCGCCCUCGGAGCUGUGUGACCCGUGUCUCCUCCGGAAAACACCACUGAUGCGUGCUAGCAGGGUGCGUUCUGGGCAGCGGCUUAGAAUUUGGUUCCGGAGUGUUCGUGCUCAGAGGGGUCCUCGGGGAGGGUCCUGCCAAGGGCAGGGCAGGAGCCCAUCUUCCUCACUCCUGCCCUGCUGCCUAGGUCCUCCCCUCCCAGGAGCAAAGACGGCCACUUGUAGGAGAGGCCGAGGGACAUUGGGUGAGCAGAGCCCCCCGUCAGGACGCAUGUGGGUGACUGUGAGGGCGAGGAGGGUGAGGAGGAGGGAGGCCCGUGGAAAC